GGAGACACCACCAGCACCACCGCCGAAGACCAACCCCCACAGUCCCCGCCCCCACGGUCGGUGUACCGGUUUGUAGUCCGCUGCUGCCGCUCGUCUCCUCCGGUGUUCCUGUGAUGGUGAAGAGGCGACACACCGGCGGCCGCGCUUCACACGACAGCUAGCCUCCCAGGAGGCGAGUCCCGAUGCCAUGGCCUCCGGCCACAGCUCGUCCCCAGUGCCUCGUCCCGGUGGCGGAGGCCGAGAUGGGAUUUAUCGCAAGGAUAGGCGAGAUCCCUCGCCGGCCCGGCGCCGGCCCGUCCGCUCCCUGCCUGACGUCUGCCCCAAGGAGCCCACUGGUGAGGGGCGGGGCCUGUGCGACGGCCCAUCGGUGGUUGCGGAGCACGACCGGUGGACGGUGUACAGCUCCAAGGUAAACCUGCCCGCCGCGCUGAACGACCCCCGGCUCGCCAAGCGCGAGUCGGACUUCUUCACCAAGACGUGGGGCCUGGACUUCGCCGAGACGGAGGUGAUGCCGUCCUUCUACCUGCCCGUCAUCACGCGGGAGCAGUUCGGGCCGUACCUGCAGGAGACGGCUCAGAGGGAAAAAAUCCACGAACGCUGCAAAACGAUCUGUCCGAACAAGGACGACGUGGAGGCUGUGUCCAGUGUCACAACCAACCAUGAAAAGUCAAGAGCUGAACUGGAACAAGUCCCGAAGAUCUUCCUGAGGCCAGACUUCGCUCUGGACAACCCGGGCACCUUCAGCGCCGUCCUGCCCUGGUCCCACUUCACCAGCGCCGGAGGGAAGAGCAGCCGAGACGUGGCCUCGUCCAAACUGCUGCAGGAGAAGCUGAGUCACUACCUGGACGUGGUGGAGGUGAGCAUCGCGAGGCAGAUCUCCCUGCGCUCCGACGCCUUCUUCCACGCCAUGUCGUCGCAGCAUGAGCUGCAGGACCAGCUGCAGGAGACGCAGCGGGCCGUCGCCGUGUUGCGCGGCCGCACCGCCGCCAUGGACCGUGUCAUGUGCCAGGGGCCCCUGCGGGCGCUGCGCACCGCCCUCACCCGCAGCAACUGCGUGAGGCUACACAACAAGCUGAAGCUGAUGGCGGCUGUGCACCAGACGCAGCCGACCGUGCAGCUGCUGCUCUCCACCUCUGAGUUCGUCGGAGCGCUGGAGCUCAUUGCCACCACCAAGGAGGUGCUUCAGCAGGAGCUGCAGGGGAUCCACAGCUUCAGACAUCUGGGCUCUCAGCUGUGUGAGCUGGAGAAGCUGAUCGACAAGAUGAUGGUGGAGGACUUCAGCAUGUUCGCCCGCAGCGACCUGAGCCGCAGCCUGAGGGACGAGCCGCACGUCUUAGAGAAGGUUCACACACCAAACGCUGCCUCCCGACAGGAGCGUCUGGAGUCUCUGGUGUUUGGUCUGCUGCGACAGAGGAAACUCGACUUCCUGGACAUUUACAGCGAUGAGAUGAUUUUCUGUGCGAAGGCGAUCGUCUCUCAGUGUGUAGCAGAAAGUGUUUUGCACAUAGAAGACAUUGACACUGAAGUCGUCACUAAGCUAGCGGACCAGAUGCGUCUGAUGACGUUCCCUCAGUGGUUUGAGCUGCUGGAAAACGUCUUUGACAGUUUCCUUCUCUUCCUGCAGAGAAUCCAGGCUACUCUGAGCAUCAUCAGAAACGUCAUUCAGGAAGUUCUGGACUCAAACCAGAAGAACCGGCAGCUGGAGGAGGAGGCGGUGGUGCGUUCAGGCGCCUCCCAGGGUCCGGAAGAGGCGUCCUCCCGGGGCCCGUCACUGCAGCAGGGGGAGGCGGAGCUCGCCUACCUGACCCACGAGGGUCUGUUCAUCAGCGAUGCUCUGAACGAGGCUCAGCAGCAGGCGGCGGUCCAGGAUCAGAGCUCCAGGUCCCAGCAGGGCCGGACGGAGGCAGGCGGCGGUGACUGGAGCUCGGGGGAGCAGAGCCUCAUGUCCGGUGAGAGCGUGAUGCCGUCUGAGCUGGAGAUGAACCGCGUGAUCAACAACAUCCAGGAGCUGCUGCACGCCGCCUCCGACGUCAGCCACGACCGCUGUGUCAAAGUCCUCACGGCCAGAGACAAGGACGGCUCACUGGAGCGUCUGAGCUCGGCGGAGUUCGUGUGUCUCUCUCUGGCGGUGGAAGGUUUUGUCCGGGACACGGAGGAGCUGUGCGGCCGGCGCAGCGUCUCCCUGAGGGGGACGCUGCAGAGCCAGGCCAACCGCUUCGUCCACCGCUUCCACGACGAACGCAAGACCAAACUCAGCCUCCUGCUGGACAACGAGCGCUGGAAGCAGGCGGAGGUUCCCGCGGAGUUCCAGGAGCUCGUCAACUCCAUCGCCGACGGCAGAAUAUCACUACCAGAGCGCAAAACCCCAGGUCCGGACGACAGGAAACCUGCAGAGUUUCUGCUCGUCAAUGGGCAAAAGUACGCCGUCGUGGGGACGGUUCUGCUGCUGAUCCGGAUGUUUCUGGAAUACUGUCAGUGUGUCAACGACAUCCCGUCCAUCGCCACUGACAUGCUGACACGUCUGUCCGACUUCCUCAAGCACUUCAACUCUCGGAGCUGUCAGCUGGUCCUGGGAGCCGGAGCGCUGCAGCUCGUCGGCCUCAAGACCAUCACCACGAAAAACCUCGCAUUAGCUUCCCGCUGCCUGCAGCUGGUGGUUCACUACAUUCCCAUCAUCAGAUCUCACUUUGAGACCAAACUACAGCCCAAACAGUUCAGCGUGCUCAGACACUUCGACCACAUCACCAAGGACUACAACGAUCACAUCGCAGAGAUCUCCGCCAAGCUGGUGGCCAUCAUGGACAGUCUGUUUGAGAAGGUUCUGUCAAAGUAUGAAGUCAAAGCUCCGAUGCCGUCCGCCUGCUUCAGGAACGUCUGCAAACAGAUGGCGAAGAUGCACGAAGCCAUUUCUGAACUUCUGCCUGAAGAACAGACUCAGAUGUUGUUUCUGAGGAUCAACGCCAGUUUUAAACUGCACCUGAAGAGGCAGCUCGCCCGACUCGGGGUCGUUAAUGACGGAGGACCACAACACGGGUUGGUGGUGGUGGACGUCGCCUUCUACUCGGAGAACGUCCUGGUGCUGAGGAGCCUCGAGCGGCUCGACCUCAACAUGGCCGAGAUCUGGGAGCAGAAGAGGUGACGGGAGGACGGACGAGUCCAGACGUCCAGCGCCGACCCGACCAGGUGACGGGGCCGACGGCAGCAGAGGAGGGAGGAGGUUCUGCAGGGACCAAGAAGAAGCAGCUCCUCCUUCACGACGGCUGCCUCUUCUCACUGUGCAAUUCAACACAACAGCAGUACAUCAUGAAGCGGUUUUUCGUACAGAGAUUAAUUUAUUUUUCUGUCGUCUUGGAGACACGCAACUCUGCGGCGGCAACAGACACUCCGUCUCCGACGGCGGCCAUGUUGGAGCUGAUCCGUGUGGGAAACGUCUGACGUCGCUCGGCAGCUGAAAACUGGAUUCUGUCACUUUUCUACUCCGGACUUCUUGAAGCAGGAGUCUCACCAACGAGAUCCAGACUGUGAAGAAACUCUCAGCUGCUUCCUGUCGUUACCAAAGUAAAACACUUUAACUCUUCAAAUCUUUUUUUUUCUUUCUCCUCAAACUAUCGGUCGUCAGGUGACGACUCAGACGGAGGUGAAGUUUUCUUUUUACUUUUUAAUUUUGUAUAAAUGUAGAAGAACGUGAAGCAUGAAUCUGCUGUCGACUCAAACUGCUGUUGAUUUCAUCUGCAUGAGCUUUUCGAGACCAUCAAAACUAUUUAUGAAAUCAAAAAUAAAUUCAAACGGUUCGUGAUCUCGCAGGCGGUUUCUGCCUCUGGUCACUUUUAUAAAAAAAAGGAUCAAAUUCACUCAGAUCAUGAAAACACAUUUAUAUCCACUGGAUCCUGUUUUUGAAUGUGGUUAAACAGAGUUUCUCUGAUCGACGGCGAGAAAAUAAUAGUAUCAAUAAUCAGAUUUCAACCAAACGUUGAGGAGCUGCGGCCUCGUCGGCUUCUUCUUCUUCUACGGCGCUAAACUUUUAUUUACUUUAAGUUCAUCAUGAAUUUGUGAAAACAUCUUUAUUUAUCCAGAGGGCGGUGACAAGCUGCGGUCGCUCUUUGGCUUCCGUACGUCAGGAACAGACCUGACAGAGUCCAGCCGUUAUAUAUAUAUAUAUAUAUCAAAUAUAUAUAUAUAUACACACAUUGGGAGCAGUGAUGAGGUGACGAGGCCGCAGCUUCAGACUCCGUCACUGUCGACUUCAGAAGUGCCUCGAGUCAGAGACGACACGUCUGUGUCACUACAGUACAGUACAGUACAGUACAGUACAGUGUGCCUACCAUACCACUGUGUGUGAGCGUGUGUGAACGUGUGCGUGUGUCGAGCUGCUCGUCUGAGAAUCCAAAAUGUCUUGAAUAAAAAGCGGAUGAUGGA